GCCCUAGGGCCUCCUCACUCAGAUAACAAAAACCUUUAUUUGAUGCUCCUCCGUCUCUCGGCUCGCUCUAUCCUUCGUUUCACUGCUUCUCACUCUCACUCUUAUCCCCCUUCGCCGCCACCCUCUCGCUCAGCCUCCCUCUCCUCGUUCUGCACCGUUCCAUCAAUGGCAGCUAGCAAUCAAAAGAACGAGGCGUACCUCUCCGCCGUCAUCCCCAAGCGCAUCACCCUCUUCGAGCAGAUCCAAGCCGAUCAGCUCGAGAAGCUCAAGUCGCUCCCGCACGAUCCGAUCAAGAUUACGUUGCCGGAUGGGAGCGUGAAGGAAGGGAAGAAGUGGGAGACGACUCCGAUGGACAUCGCCGCUCAGAUUUCGAAGGGUUUAGCUAACUCCGCGUUGAUUUCGUCGGUCAACGAUGAGCUUUGGGAUAUGAGUAGGCCGUUGGAAGGUGAUUGUAAGCUUGAGCUGUUUAAGUUUGAUAGUGAUAAAGGGAGGGACACUCUCUGGCACUCGAGUGCUCACAUUCUUGGUCAGGCUAUUGAGCAGGAGUAUGGGUGUAAGCUAUGCAUUGGACCAUGUACAACGAGAGGGGAGGGUUUCUACUAUGAUGCAUGUUAUGAGAAAGACUUGGGGCUGAAUGAUAAUCACUUCCCUAAUAUCGAAGCAGGUGCUGCGAAAGCUGCUAAGGAAGCGCAACCAUUUGAAAGGAUUGAAGUGACAAAAGAUCAGGCAUUGGAGAUGUUUUCUGAAAACAAGUUUAAGAUUGAAAUCAUCAAGGAUUUACCUGCAGACAAGACCAUUACUGUCUAUAGAUGUGGGCCUCUUGUUGAUUUGUGUCGUGGACCGCACAUACCAAACACUUCUUUUGUGAAAGCUUUCAAGUGUUUGAGGGCCUCAUCAGCUUACUGGAGGGGUGACAAAGAGCGUGAGAGUUUGCAGAGAGUUUAUGGGAUAUCUUAUCCAGAUCAGAAACAGCUGAAGAAAUAUCUUCAAUUCCUAGAAGAAGCUAAAAAGUAUGACCACAGACUAUUGGGCCAAAAGCAGGAACUUUUCUUUUGUCAUCAUCUCAGCCCUGGGAGUUGGUUCUUUCUUCCACUCGGCACUCGUGUAUAUAACAAGUUGAUGGAAUUCAUUAAGGAGCAAUACUGGAAAAGGGGUUACACUGAGGUCAUAACCCCAAAUAUGUACAACAUGAAUCUGUGGGAAACUUCUGGACAUGCUGCAAAUUACAAGGAGAAUAUGUUUACUUUUGAUAUUGAGAAGCAGGAGUUCGGACUCAAACCUAUGAAUUGCCCUGGUCACUGCUUGAUGUUCCAACACAGGGUUCGCUCAUACAGAGAGUUGCCUAUUAGACUGGCUGACUUUGGAGUGUUGCACCGUAAUGAGGCAAGUGGAGCCCUUAGUGGGUUGACUCGUGUCCGGCGGUUCCAGCAGGAUGAUGCACACAUAUUCUGUACAGAGGAUCAGGUUACGGAAGAAGUCAAGGCUGUGUUGGAGUUCAUUGACUAUGCUUACAAAAUCUUUGGCUUUACCUAUGAGCUAAAGCUCUCAACGAGGCCAGAAAAGUACCUUGGAGAUUUGGCAACAUGGGAUAAAGCUGAAAAUGAUCUCAAGGUAGCCCUAGAUGCCUUUGGAAAGACAUGGCAGUUGAACGAAGGGGAUGGUGCAUUCUAUGGCCCAAAGAUAGACAUCACUGUCUCUGACGCACUUAAUAGGAAGUUUCAGUGUGCUACUUUACAGCUCGAUUUUCAACUUCCCGAUCGCUUCAAACUGGAGUACUCAGGUGAUGACGAAGCGAAGAGGAAUAGACCUGUGAUGAUACAUAGAGCCGUGUUGGGAUCUGUGGAACGUAUGUUUGCCAUCUUGUUGGAGCACUACAAAGGCAAAUGGCCCUUCUGGUUAAGUCCGCGACAGGCCAUAGUGUGCCCUAUAUCGAAGAAAUCUGAGGAAUAUGCAUUGAAGGUGAAAGAACAAAUUCAUGAAGCUGGGUACUAUGUUGAUGCGGACAUAACAGACAGAAAGAUCGAUAAAAAGGUGCGUGAAGCUCAGCUUGCGCAGUACAACUACAUACUUGUAGUUGGUGAAACCGAAGCUGCUACAGGACAGGUGAGUGUACGGAUAAGAGACAGUGCAGCCCAUUCAGUGAAGAGCAUCGAUGAUUUGCUGGAAGAAUUCAAGACCAAGACUGCCGAGUAUCAAUGAGAUGGGACUCUUAAAAAGUUCAAGCCUGUUCGACCAAAACAAAAAAAGUUCAAGCCUUUAUUUUUUUCUGAUACAUACUGUUUUUGUUUUCAAAUUUUAUUUUGCAAAAGUAGAGUAAGACCAGAUUGAAGUGUUUACUUAUCUUUUGUCAUUAAACCGUAUUCUAAAGUUUCAUAACUUCUCUAGCGA